GGCUUGAUUACAACUGCUUCCGUUUCUAGCCACUGACUUCAUAGAGGGAGUUGCAAUUGCGCACGUAGCAAAAUAUUGAGAGCGAUGAAGUCUGGGAAGUAUAUUAACCUCCCCCACUCCUGAAGAUGCGAGACAUGUGGGCACAGAAAGGCCAGAAAGGAACAGUCAUCUUAUCUUGCAGUGAUCCAAGGGUCAUUCCCGAACAAUUCAUGGGGUUGGGGCCCGAAAGACCGGCGGCCAUCAUCCGGAACGCAGGUGGGAGAGCAAUGGAUGCGAUACGAACAUUGCAAGUGCUCAAUACCAUCACUCCUCUCGAUCUGAUUAUAGUCGUUCAUCAUACUGAUUGCGGCACGACUCAUGUCCCGGACAAUGAAGUGCGGGAAAGAAUCAAGCAAAUUUCAUCCCUUCCUGCUGAAGCUAUUGACGCCAUGGAUUUUGGAGAGAUCAAGGACUUAGAAGCCAGUAUCUUGGAAGAUGUGGCUAUGAUCAAGGACGAUCCGACAUAUGGGGGAAAUGCUCCAGCAGUGGUCGGAUUACUGUAUGAGAUUGAAACUGGCAAGUUAAGCCAGGUGGAAUGAGGAUCGUGUCGUAGACCGUGUAUUCAAGUUUG